AAUAAAAAAAAAACAAAAAAACAUACAAAUACUUAUGAUGACUACAGGUGAAAUAUGGCGUACCUGUGUUAACUUUGUUUCGAUUCGUUAAUCAUCAAGGGCCAUCAUUUCCGGAAUACGACAAUUCAGUCACCUAAAGCAUAAUUAUGGAUCUAUUCAACAAAUCUGUAACGAUUAUGAAAUUCUUAACAGGCUGCCUUUUACUUAUUUGUCACCUUACAGAAAUUGAAGCUUUACAGUGCUAUUCUUGUUCUUAUUCAAUAACUGGAAAUCCCAUGCUUCACUAUGAUUGUAUAACUGAGCCAUGGAACGUCACGAUGGGUACUCCAAUAAUACAAUGUCCAAAUGGACUUUGUAUUACUAAAGUUAUUUACGAACUAGGCAAACACAGGGUAUGGUCUGCUGACCGAGCAUGUAGAGCCCCGGAGGUGAUCGACUGUGGUGACAACUGUUGCACUGAAAAUUCUCACAAUAUUGUUUGUCAAUAUCAGUGUUCAGGUGUUGGAAAUGCAGUUUGUAACAGUCUUAAUAUCAGUAAACCACCAAAGAAUACGAAUGGUGCAACUGAAACACUACCAACAAUAAUAUCUAUUUUAGCAAGUGUAGUAUUAAUAGUAUUUAACUCUUGUUUUGUUUGAUUGAUACCGAUAUAAUGACAAGUUAUGUUUAUUCAAUUCGUGUGCAGUUACCAAAUACAUUGUAGGAAGUUAUGUGCAUUCCAUUCACUAGACAUAGAUAUAUUUGAAUUGACAAUUUGAUUUCCCAGAAGUAGAGCUUAGCAGAAUCACAUGUAAAUUAAAAUCUCUUGGACUAAACGAGUCUAGGCAUUCACUGCUUUCGAAGCGCCCAAGCCUUGAAACUGAUAAAUAGGUGUCAAAUAUAAUGCAUGUAUAUAGAUAUCUUUUUAAAAUGAUGUAAAUGUU